AUGAAGACCUCAACAAGUGAGUUAGAAGAAGUCAAAGCUAUGGUGAAUGAGCUUACUAAAACUAUGAAUGAGGUAACAAGAAAACUGCAAGACCAAAAAGGGCCAGAACCUCGAAAGUGUUUCACAUGCCAAGAAAUUGGGCAUAUAUCACGCAAUUGUCCGAAUAAGAAGAAGCAAGAAAGGGGUGAGUUAAAAAAAGGAAAAGAACCUAUUCUGACAGUCAAAAAGAUGGAUGUAAGAUUUUUCGAAUUCGUGGACAAUAAAGAAUGUCAAUCCAUAAGAACAACAAUUAAAAAAAAGGUGUUAGAUGUGAAAAACUGUUUAAAGAUUGAAAUAGACACCAACCAAGAGACUUUUAAUGUUAGGAACUUACAAAAACAUUGGCACGUGGUGGAAGAAGAACACCUACUAAGAAGGAGAAGAUAG